AUGGCCCGAGGAAACGACAAGUCCAAAGCAUCAAAGACUAAACUCAUCGGCGGCAGCGGCAUCACAGGUCCAGAGCAAGUGCAGUCUUCCGACAAAACUGGACUUCCCCUUGCCUUGCAACAAAAGUGCUUGGACGUUUUCCGCAACGCUCUGAAGCCACAGGAGCAUUCCACUGCGAUUGUGCAAGAAGUCAAGGGCCACCUCUACACACGCGAUUUUGCCAAGGCAUUCGGCACAGCAGAAUAUCUCAAUGUCUACGCAGCAAGAUGGAGUCCAAGUCGGGCGCUAGGCUACAUGCAGAUCCUAUCUGAUAUCUCCAAAGAUUUGUUUCUUGAACAGGACUCCCAAAUCACGGACGAGGGCAAGGACUUCAGAAUUUGCUGUGUCGGAGGCGGAGCUGGAGCGGAACUCGUGGCCAUCGGUGGCUGGAUCUCGCAGAAGGAAGAUGCCUUACCCUUCCAAAGAGUCAAUUCCACCUUCGUCGACAUCGCAGCUUGGAACUCGGUUGUCUCAGACUUGUUCCGAGCGUCGACGAUACCACCAGAUCUUUCCAAGUAUGCUUCCGCCGCAGCUAGAGAGGCCAACACCGCUUUAGUAGAGCAGGAGUCAUACCAAAUCGAAUUCCAGCAACUAGAUGCUCUUGCACUGGAAGAUGAAAAGUCUCAUGAGUUGUUCAGCAAGGCAGACAUGGUCACGCUGAUGUUCACUCUAAACGAACUUUACACAGCUUCCAUCCCGAAGACUCAGAAACUCCUGGCUCGAUUGACAGCAGAGCUACGCGCUGGAGCGUACCUACUCGUAGUGGAUAGUCCUGGGAGUUACUCGGCCGUAUCAGUCAAUGGAGCAGAGAAGAAGUAUCCCAUGCAGUGGCUGCUGGACUACACGCUCGUAGGGACAGGAUGGAAAGGAAAGGAUGACGGACGUCCUCAAUGGCAGAAGCUGGUAUCGGAUGAUUCAAGGUGGUUCAGACUUCCGCAGGGUCUGCAGUAUCCGAUCGAAUUGGAGAAUAUGCGGUAUCAGAUACAUCUGUAUAGAAGGCUAGACGAUACUGGUUGAUAUCAAGCUUAGGUUUACUAUUCACGCGAAUAUAUAUACGCUAAACUAU